AUGGCAUACAGCGGCACCCCGGGCAGCCCUCUGCCCAUUUCCGAGGUCAACUUCGACGACCUACCCGAGAGUUUCCCUGGAUUGGUUUUGACUGGAAACCCAUACCAACGCGGCGUAAAGUACGGUCAAGUGUUUGCCGAGAAGAUCCGGGCCAACAUCUGUCGCCAUUUUGAUCACCCUGAUCUCCCUUCGUUCGACAGUUGCGAGUGGAUCAUCAGAGAAGUGUACAUACCGGGCCUGGUGCACCACUGGCCGAGAGGAUGGAACGAGCUCCUCGGCAUGGCCCAAGGCUGCGAAAUGGACGUGGAGCACCUGGUAUAUCUCAACGCGCGAGACGACCUCGCUGCCAUCAGAUACAUCCUCGAGCCCCCGGUCCAGCGUCCAUACGUUCCGCUCCGGCCUUCGCACGCCAUCGAGAGCACCAGCGCCUUCUUCUCACAGAACAAAACUCUAGGCCGCACUGGCCCGAUUCUUGCGCAUUCCUGGAGCGAGAGGAAGCGGAUCCACGACGGCGACGACUUCAUGGUUCUGCUCGAGAUACAGUACCUACCGGACGAGCAGGUCAAGAACAUGGUCAUCCUAGUCGAGGCCGGCAUGAUCAGCGGGAGCGGCAUGAACUCCCUGGGCGUCGCCGUGACGGGCAACCCCCUCUUCUCCACCGAGGACUAUCUCCCCAGCUGGGGCACCAACGAGAAGUACUUUCCCGUGACGUGUGUCGAGCGCUUUCUCCUCGAGUGGGCUAGCGUUAAGGACGUCGAGGACAUCCUGACAAAACUAGACACACAUGCUUCGAAGCACAUCCUCAUCGCCAAUGAAGACGGUGAUUCAGCGUCCCUGGAGCUGGGCCCUUUGACAUCCAAGGAGCUGGAUACCUACAAACCCAUCUUUGCGCACGACGGCGACUUUGGCAACGACGCGAAACUGCACACGAACCACUUCUGCUCGUGGGCCUACUGGCAACACCGCCGCGGGCUCCUUUGUCGGUACCGAGGACAACCAAGCCCGUCCCGGCUGCACAGCCUUGGCCAGCUCAUUAAGGAAAACGGCCAUUGCAAGAUGUCGGCGCGGCAGAUCAAGUUCCUAUUCUCGGACCACGAGCGCCAUCCCAACAGCAUCUGUCAGCAUGGGGCCGACAAUGACGACGACCUCAACAACAAGACGGUGGCCUUAGUCAUGUACCACACCAGCCGGCGGGUCGUCUCACUGUGCAAGGGCCCGCCGUGUCGGGCCACCAUGAUGGUGCACUUCGCCAUCCGGGAGGGUGCCGCCGUCCCCGCUAGUGGGGAUAGUGACCUGUGCGAAGCGGACAAGAAGAUAGUGAAGGAUAUGGCGGCGGCGUUGGCGGCCGUGGACGUGGAAGUGGACAUGCUAAGCCAGAAGCUUGCGGCCAAGCGGCGGCGGCGCAAUAUAUUUGACAGCAUCGCCGACUUCAAGAAGAGACGCCGGAUCAGCAACAACACCCCUGCGACAGAUGCUGUCGAAAACGAGAGACGCCGGCUCAACAAAACCCCGGCGAGCGACGUCGCCCAGGACGACAUCUAGUUGAAGCCGUGGGUGCGUCGAGUUCCGUCCAUGUCGUCCCCGGCGCCGAGACGGAAGGGUACAUUUGGUGGUGGUGGCGGCGGUGGUGGCAAAGAGAGCGGUGCGGUUACUAGUAUGCAUAAGACACCGUCGAGUUUCUCGGGCAUGUCACCUUCCUCAACACCCAGACUGCUGCGGAUGACGAUGAGCGAG